AUGCAUUGUCUGCAAGACCGCCUCCGCAAGCAUUAUUUCCAAAUGAAGUUGAGCAAUCAAGAACUUCUUGAGUUGAUAAAGAAAGGAGAGCAUGGCCUGAAAGGUACCAAGCUCCUUCUACAGCACCGACUGCUGAAAAAGCCCAGCCUGCUCCACAGUAUCCUUGGCUUUUUACAGGAGUGACUGCACCUUUGGCUGUUCAGUCAAUUGAGGAAGGAAUGGCUUGAUAAUCAAGAAGGACAAUAUUUUUCUCUGUUUGGCGGACUGGCUUAG